CAAAGCGACGGAAUUAUUUACGUCGCCUAAAGCCCCUGUAGUUAAAAUUACGCUCUCAUCUCUUUCUCUCUCUCUCUCUCUCUCUCUUAGACCUUAUUAGUCUUACAGUCGGGCUUCCUUUUCCGACACCGUUUCAGUGCAAGCAGAAUAAACAGGACCAUAUCGAGGUACUGCAGUAAAGUAGGACUGCCUCAAUCAAUCGACCAACACUCUAGACCAGCGGAGAUGAACACUAGUUCUGUGGGACCCUCCUCGAAAUCAAAGGCUGGGUCGUCACAGCCCUCAGAAACUUCAUUUAAGCGCAAACGUGGAAUCUUUCAGAAAGAGUUGCAGCACAUGAUGUAUGGUUUUGGAGAUGGUCCUAAUCCGCUUCCAGAAAGUGUUGCUCUUGUGGAGGACAUUGCUAUGGAGUAUAUCACAGAUUUGGUGCAUAAAGCCCAAGAUAUUGGAUCAAAGAGGGGAAAGCUAUCAGUUGAAGAUUUCCUGUAUCUGAUACGCAAGGAUUUGCCAAAACUUAACCGCUGUACAGAGUUGCUGUCAAUGAAUGAGGAGCUCAAACAAGCAAGAAAGGUUUUUGAGUCAGAUGAAGAGAAGCUGAGGAAGGUUUUUGAGUCAGAUGAAGAGAAGCUGAGGAAGGUUUUUGAGGCAGAUGAAGAAAACUAGCGUAGAUAUAGUAAUAUGCCAGUGUUUUGAUCGGCUAAUAAGAUUUUCAAUUUUGGAUCACUAUACUAGAUGGUCUUGAAAUCCCUACAACUGAUAUGUUCCUACACUUAUUUUCAUGCUGUUAGGGUUCUCUUUUUUUUUUUUUUUUUUUUACACCUAAUUUUAUUUGAGUACCACCUAUUUAUUUUCAAACACUACUAAUAAGUUAUUGGGUUUUCCCAAAUAUUUUUUGCUCUA